AUGGCUUUGGCCGUUCCCACCGCCAUAGAGCGCCUUCCUUGUGCACUUCCAUCCAUAUUUCUUCAUCUGGAUAAUGGAUCGGCCAAUUUUAAUAACGUGGACAAAACUAAUAUCGAUGAAGUGCGCGCUGUGAUAGAGGAUUUCAACAAAGUAGCUGCACCGUAUGCUAAGCUGGUAAGAUGUUUCCUGUUUGGUGUCUUCGUUCAUGUUUCUCCUGUUGGAAUAAAAACAGGUUUCCACCUGUUGCAGUGGAAAGGUCAAACGAAUCCAGCGUUCGAAUCGUGGAGUCAAGACAGAGCUGAUGUUGAUUUGCUUACUAUUAUUUGUAGUCUUUCGUUCAGCAGGCAAGAUCCUUUGUUACGUCGUAGUAUUUUUAUUAUAUAUCCUUUUAGGGCGGUUUCGAAUCCUCAACUGCUGAACAACCAUUAUGCACCGUUUAGUAGCGGGGUACUUCGUUUUCUCUAUACUGAUCAUGUGUACGGCGAAACAUCCUAUGAACAGAUGCAAUCGAUUAUUGAUCAAAUAGGCUUUCGUGAACAAGAUGUCUUUCUAGAUCUUGGUUGUGGAGUAGGGCAAUUGGUGAUGUACGUUGCAGGAGGGACAAAGGUGAAGAAGUCCGUUGGUAUUGAAAUCAAUGACUUACCGGCAAAGUAUGGUGCCGCUAUGGGAGAAGACUUUUCCAAGUGGAUGAAGUGGUGGAAAAAAAAAUGUCGUCCGUUCCAAUUAAUUCAUGGCGACAUGUUAGACGAGCAGUACCGAACUCUUAUUACUCAGGAGGCGACUAUAAUUUUCAUUAACAACUAUGCUUUCGAACCGAGUCUGGAUCUACACAUCAAAAAUAUGCUAGCCGAUUGUCAUAUGGGUACUCGUAUCAUUUCCACCAAAGCUUACGCGACUGGCACGAAGAGAGUGAACAUGCGUAACCUCGGAGACGUGGAGUCCAUCAUGGAGGUCAGUCAACUGAAGACAGUGAAGCAACCAACUUCCUGGACGCCAAACACUGUACCGUACUACCUUCACACGGUUUCCCACUACAAGGAGCGGAACAGAUUGCAACAAACGCGAAACAACGACUCUGUGAAGACAGAAGACGCUGAUGACUCUAACGGUGACAGCGACUCCAAGGCGUUCGUACUUACAUAUAACGGCUCCCCAAUGCCUGGAAGUCCGCGAUGGAAUGAUGCUGACACGGAUUAUGUCCCUCCUGGUGUUAAAAAACCACGCAAAUCUCAUCAUAUGGGGUGUACUUCCAGUCACAAGAGCGAGAGCUCGAAGAAAUCAGCUGUUCGUUCAAGGCCUGCGGUACGAGUUUCGGAGGACGCCCGAGAAGGUAUUGAGAAGAUGCAUGCGCUGAUCUCUACACCACGACCUGUGGAUACGAACGUUGGUGAAGGGCUGGUGCGCGUAGACUUGCCACAUUCAUCAAACCGCAAUGAAAAACUGUACAGCGAGGGGGAAGAGCUCAAUGACGGUAGAUCGGUUGUGCGGAUAAUUGAUAAGGAGACGGAGUUUGUUAUGUCUUUGAAGUCUCCACUGGAUGCUUACUGCCUCAGUGUUCGAGAUUUACUCAAUACAUUAAGCGAGUAUAUGAAUACCCCCAGUUUUCGUCAAGAGGUUGAAGACAACAUCACGCUGGAAAAGGCACGUAAUGCUGAACUUGUUGAGAAGGUACGUCAGAUGCAAGCAGCAGUGGCUGCACAGAGAGCACAAGGAGUCUGCGCUCUCUAUGAACGGUUGAAUGAUCUCGGUAUGAGUGAUGUGGAAACGCCUACUGAAUUGUUGCAGGGUUCUAAACAAAUCGUCGCCCAGCACAAGGUUUUGAACCAACCCCAAGGAGACAAUCCUUUCAACGUGGAGGAGUUGCUGCAGAGUGUAAUGAGUCAGAUGGGUAAUGACAACACUUCAACGGCCUUGCGUCUUGAAUCGGAGAACGAGGGCGUUGAGGGUCUAUUGAUGUCCCCUGUUGGUGGACCGUCUACCAUUGGUCCCAUCCAUGUUGCUAGUUCGUCUCGUAGACCUCGUCAGCGUCCUCGGGCUGGCCCUGGUGCACGAGGAAAAGGCAAGCCUGAAGAAAAUUCGGAGGAGAUGCAGCGUCAAAUCAAUGAGAUUGUUCAAGCGGCAUUAAAAGUUGACAGCGCAGCUAAAGAGAAAGAACGUCGCUCUAGGGGUACCGAGCGUCCGGCUCGUCGUUCUGCUGCACUACAUGUGAACACUGACUCUGUUGUUGUUCCUCUACAGCGUUCUGCCCAGUUUCCAAUGGCUUCUCGUCGCGACGAUCCCGAAUUGGACGUAGUGGCCACAAAUAUUUCUACUAGCUGUGCGCAGCCACCUUUUACAAGCGCAACAGUCGCUCCUUCUGCGGGUAACGUGUGA